GCUUCCGAGUAGCAGACAGGCAGACAUCUGUCAAAACUCGUGUUUUCGUGGCCUGUUAGUUGAGUUUGUUUAGAAGUGUAGUUCGCCGGAUUAACUGAGCUAUGGGGGACUCCAAUAACUUAGAAGUCCUGGUGACGGAGCUUAAAGCCGAAAUCGAACGCUUGAAGAAAGGUGAAGCAGUUAAUCCGCGGGAAAAAAUUUCCCAGAUGAGCUCCGAGGUCGUAGACUCAAACCCUUACAGCCGUUUGAUGGCCCUGAAGCGUAUGGGAAUCGUCGAUAAUUAUGAGGCCAUUAGAACUUACACGGUAGCUGUUGUUGGUGUUGGUGGUGUUGGGAGCGUAACCGCCGAAAUGCUUACAAGGUGUGGAAUAGGCAAGCUCAUUUUAUUUGACUACGAUAAAGUUGAGCUUGCCAACAUGAAUAGGCUGUUUUUUCAGCCGCACCAAGCAGGUAUGAGCAAGGUGGAGGCAGCUGCCAAGACACUGCAGUUCAUCAACCCUGAUGUAGAGUUUGAUACGUACAACUACAAUAUUACAACUGUUGAAAACUUCCAGCACUUCAUGGACACUAUCAAGACUGGCAGUCUGCAGGGUGGUCCAGUAGAUCUUGUUCUCAGCUGUGUCGACAACUUUGAAGCACGUAUGGCUAUCAACACGGCCUGCAAUGAACUCAACCAGGUUUGGAUUGAGUCUGGUGUCAGUGAAAAUGCAGUCUCUGGCCACAUACAGCUUGUAGUCCCAGGUGAAACAGCGUGUUUUGCUUGUGCACCUCCCUUAGUCGUUGCAUCCAACAUAGACGAAAAGACAUUGAAACGGGAAGGAGUUUGCGCUGCGAGCUUGCCUACUACAAUGGGCAUUGUUGCAGGAUUUCUUGUUCAAAAUACCCUCAAGUAUCUUCUAAAGUUUGGCACAGUGUCCCACUACCUUGGCUACAAUGCUCUCCAGGACUUUUUCCCAACAAUGCAGAUGAAACCAAACAGCCAGUGUGACGACAGCUUCUGCAUACAGCGUCAAAAGGAGUACCAGGUUAGGGAAGCAGCUAAGCCACCUCCGGAACCCGUUGAAGAACAAAAAGAAGAGGUGGUCCAUGAGGACAAUGAGUGGGGUAUCUGCUUAGUGUCAGAGACGCCAGCAGAUGAAGAAAGCUGUGCCAAGAAUACAGUGCCCGGUCUUGCACCUGGAAUUCAGCUAGCCUACACUGUUCCCGGGCCACAAAAGGUUGAAGACACAGAAGUUGCGGCUGAAAGUGAACAGACAUUGGAAGAACUUAUGGCACAAAUGAAAUCAUUGUAACAGAAGCUAUGCUCCAAAUAAAAGCUUUUCCAUUAGCUGCACAUGAA